CGGCCGGCAUGGCCACCGAGCUGGAGGCGGGCGGGCCGGGAGCCGGCGCGGCGGGAAGGCUGGAGGCCGAGGAGGACGAGGAGCAUUGGCUCUACGGGGAUGACACGUCCGGGAAGCUGGACCACAGACUGCUGUCUGGACACGUGGACGCUUCUCUUCCUCUACACGAUGCCGGGCGGGAGAACAGAGGUGGUGGCGAGGAUGGGGACCCGGCUCAGCACGUGCCCCCGAGCGGCGGAGAGGACGAGGAUGAGGACAGCGACAGCGAUGACGACGACGUCAAGGUCACCAUCGGCAACAUCAAGACCGGGGCCCCUUCCUACAUGGGCACCCCCAUGAACCUAAACCUGAAAAUGGGGAGAGGCUACGGGGCGGCGGCUUCAGCCAAACUGCAGCCCAAAGGGAUCGACCUGGACGCGCUGGGGAACAUCAACGGCUUUCCGGUGGUGGAAGUGGAUUUGGACUCGUUUGAAGACAAGCCUUGGCGGAAGCCAGGCGCCGACCUUUCCGAUUACUUCAACUACGGCUUCAACGAGGAGACGUGGAAAGCGUACUGCGAAAAACAGCGGCGGCUGCAGCUGGGCCUGGACCCCUCGCCGCCCGUCAGCACGGAGAACAAAAUCACGGUGCAACAAGGCCGGACCGGCAACGCGGACAAGGAGCCCGAGAACGUCGUCAUCAAAACCGAGUUCAAGACGGACUUCGUGGCCCUGGUUGGGGGCCGGGUGAAGGCCGGGCCACCCCCGAACCGGAAGCUGGGCGGGACCAUCGACGUGAUUGGCGGGCAGGCGGGUACCAUCCGCCGCGUGGAGGGGCGCCGGCGGGACAAGCACGCCUCGGAGGAGAACCCCAUCCAGGUCCUCGGAGAGCACGGCAGCAAGCCCCAGCCUUCCCCGCAGCCGCAGCCCCAGCCGGCCCAGCCCCAGCAGCCCCCACAGCAGCAGCCCUUCGUCCCCCCGGCGGCGGGACCCCCGCCCCCGCCUCUGGCCGGUCCCCCCCCGCCUCACUUCCUCCAUCCUCCGCCCCCGUCGGUUCCGGCCGUGCCGCCCCCGCUGCACCCCCCGGGUUUGCCGCCCCCCGGACCCAUCCCAGGCUUGUUCCCACCGCCUCUGGCUCCUCCGCCUGCCCUCCUCAUCCCGACGCUGGACGGGCAGCCCACCAGCUACAACAACCGCCAGCCACCCCCCUUUGGCUACAGCUCUGCGGCAGAAUCUGGCUUCAUCAGCUACCCACCCAUCUCGGCCACCCACACGCCAUGGGUGACCACACUGGACAAGGGUUCUGGUGCCUCUGGAGGCGGCCACUGGUCACGGAGAGAGAGGGACCGGACCCCCACGACCAGCGAAUACAACAAUGAUGAUGAGCGCUAUCGCUACUACAGCCGGGAGAGGAGUUACGACCUCGACCGGGAAUACCGCCGGAGCCGGGAUCGGAGCCGAGAACGGGAAGAGCGCCACCGGGAGCGCCGGCACCGGGAGAAGGAAGAGGGCAGCAAACACAAGUCUUCACGGCGGAAGCAGCACGAGAACGACGAGGGGGAGGGCCACCGGCGCCACAAACACAAAAAGAACAAGCGCAGCAAAGAGGACAAAGAGGCCAGCGAAGAUGGCGUCCCCGAGGGCGGCGAGCCGGAUGCCAAAGAUUAACGCGGCUGAGGGCCCCGCGCCUCCCCCGGCCCCAUCCUCUCUCCGCCUCUCUUUCCUCGCCUCUCCUCCCGAGGACGAGCCGGCAGCAGUGGCCGUGCGGAGAGAGGUCUCGGAUCGGAUCCUAUGGUUUCUCCGGAGCGGUAGGCCCGGGGGCGGGGUGGGGCGCCAGGGCGGCAGAGGCCCGGCCGCGGACUCUCGGACACGUAGCGACGGGCCCCUCCCCGUCCGGGCCCCUCGCUCUCUCCGAAGGGGGGCGGGGACGGCUGUCCCGGGCCCCGGGUCCCUUAGGCCCGGCUCGGGUUCGCAGUCAAUGCCGUGCCCCGUCCCCGGCGUGGCCAACGGGGGUCAGGGGGCAUCUUGGACCCGGAGACCGACGGGACUCAGCCAGCACCCCAAGCCCGUCCCCCCACCCCCGGCCCGCGCGGCCUCCUGGGAUAGGGCGGGGAGGGACGGCGGGGCGACCCGAGGCCGGACGGCUGACUCGGGCGAGACGGGAUGGAGGCCGGGGGGCCGCGUCCCAGACGGUGGCCGGGCUUCGCCACCCGUCGCCGCUCAUCCUCCCGCCAGCCGGCCCCGGAGCCGCUUCCUCCCCCGGCCCCGACCGGGCUGGCUCCGUUUAUUUAUUCCCCGGCCCAGUCGGGUUAACCGUCCGAGUAGUGGGUCGUUUUCUCCAUUGUAUUUUUUUUUUUUUUUUGAAGGGUUCAGAGUCAGAACCCCGGGGGCGGGGAGGGACCCGGACCCACAGGCGGCCGCCGCGGCUCAUCGCCGUGUGCGCAUCCUCGCCCCAGCCGGGGGUUUGGGGCGGGUGCGGCAGCCCCGUGGCAAGCGACCCCCGGAUUUGGGCUAACCUCCGCCCCCACUACCGUCCCCUCCCCCAUCAGCGUAGCAUGAUCUCAGUCCGUAAGCUAGGGGAAUGUGCCAGGGCGGGUGGGGGGGAGGGGGUGGCACA